GAAAUGGUAUCUUCCACAGUUCAGUUAUGUCUCACAUGGUUAAUAAUGAUUUUUAUAUUUAAUUGAAACUACUCUGCCAUGCUAACUUGAAUACUGUAGGAUGCUGUGUAAAACACUUACUAACUCAUUUACAGUCUAAAAUGUCAAAUUAAUCAAUUUGUCGGUUUGAGAAUACAUAUUUGCUGCACAUCUGAACACUUGAUGAGUGAUAUGAUAACAUAUGGCAAGCGGGGCAACAGUAGACACACGUCCAAUACAAAGAAAUUACAAGGUCAGUAGAACUCUUUAUCUUGUGUUCCCAGCAGUAGCGUCAGGUCCUACCUGGCACCUCAUACCCAUGGACGACAUGAGAGUACGGAUCACAGUUGGGAAUGUCGGCCAAGCCGGGCUGUAGUGCACGUGCAUGAUGUAGCAGUGUCUGUGAUUCAAGAUGGCGCAGUUGAAGCAGCGAUUCAGCUCUCCCGGGUUCAGAUCUGGCGAGCUUGAGGACCAUGGAGGACAUGUACACUAAGGUGCGGUAAGAGUGCUGAUGCCACGUGCUGUAUGCCGUCGUGUUGAAACAUGCGUCAGCAUGGGUCAUAAUGUGAACAACCUGCGGCUUCGGGAUUUUAUCGGGAAACAUCGACUUUUUGCCUGCUUCCAGCACUGUUUCCUGGAUUCAAGAGGGCAGCACGUAGUGCCUUGAAGACAUUCGACUUAUACGUACUGGGCAUUUGUGAUAAACUGACUUGCUUUUGCAUCUGUUUGUGACGAUUGCCAUUGGUGGGCAGGAUAACCUCACCUUUUCGCGAACACCUGAUGUCAACGCUUUGUGAUAGUGAUUCAUAAACACAUACUUUUGACAGUCGGAAUCGUACGAUGGCCUCUGCUUUCAGCAGAGAGUUCUUAUCAUUAUGAAACAGCAUUGCAAGCGAAACCCUGUGUUACAUUUUGUUUUACUGUCUUAUCUCCUUAAAUAUGACACCUUCUCACAGUGUUUCAUGACUCGACAGAAUUGUCCAUAUUUUGUCACCAGACCAAUAUAUAUCCGUAUAUGUCGGCCAUCUCCUUCACAUUAACCAGAACAAUGCUACUGUCAACACCAACAUUGCUGCUGGUCGUUGCUCUCAUGCAACCCGCUCUGUCCAGCAACCUAAACUCCCUCCAUGGUAUCGCCUUCAUCUCCGUGACGACGGACAACCUGACAGCGUCCACGCAGUUCUACACUCAGGUUCUUGGUGGGAUGCUGGUGCCAGAGCUGUCCUUCACCUUCAGUGGAGAUUCUCACUACUACCGGAUGUUCCAGAAGGAGAUCCUGGACGCCAGAACACAAGGGGUUAACCCUGCCCAGCUGGGAAUACCAGAUAUAGGAGAUAACGGUACUCACGAGGUGCGCGGCAACUUCAUCAUCUUUGACAACGGCAUCAUCCAACUUGUAGAGUAUGUGCUGAGAUCAUCCUCAUCUGACAUCGUCUUCGACAUCCGUGACCGUCGCACCAGCCCCUGCUACAUCGCAGCCCCACAUAUAUGUUUCUGGGUCAAGGAUGAUGUCGAUUUCAACCACUACAUUGCGGAGCUAGAAAGAAAGUCACAUGGCCUUGGGUUCCAUCAGGUCAAGGUCAACAGACCAGUAACAGUUCACAACGAGGCUGAGCGACUGGCCGUUCCUGAAAACCAGCUUGGUAUUACAUUUUCCAAUGGAGACUUUGCUGGUUUAUCAUUCGCCUACUUUAAAGGCCCGAGGGGAGAACAACUGGAACUGUACCAAAUUCAGAAUCAAUCCCGCUACCACCUCGGCAGCGAUUACUGCCGACGACGGGGCGUGGCCACAGCCUUCUUGGACAAGCAUCCUGACAACAGAUGGAAGAAAGCUGCAGGAGUCAGUGGUCAACUUUACGGGAUGUUCCAGUUUGGGACAAGAACAGAUGACCUCUCAAAGUCCGUCAACUUCUACACACAGGUCCUCGGUUCAGAGCUGGUUCAUAAACCACUGCAGGCAGUGAACGUCCGAGGAGAUGACGUUGAAAACAUGUUGUUCCAGAAAGAGAUUCUUGAUGCGUUAUCGUGGGGAACUGAGCCCAGGGAUAUAGGGGUUGCAAAUGUUUCUCUGGCAGGAUCUGACAGACUGGAUCACAGAUUUAACCUGUUUGAUAAUUAUGUAGUGGAGACUCUGUUGUAUACAGCGGGAAAAUCUCUGUCAGAUCCCAAGUUCAACCCCAGAUACAAUUGGAGUAGCCCUGCCUACAUCAACAACAUGCACGUCGCCUUCUUAAUUGACGACAACGUCGACCUUAACAACUUUCUACAUGACACAGAACUGAAAGCUACCAGGAAUAAGUUCCCUGAGUUUAAGGUCAAUAGAGCAGUUGAUGUGCCGAGAUUAGGUGCUAGCGUACCCUUACCACAGUACAGUGCAGCGUUCACUGAUGGACCUCUGAAGGGCUUUAACUACGUGUUUGCUAAGGGUCCAGCAGGGGAGCAGCUAUCCUUUGUUCAGUUCAAGGGUCCAGCAGCAGCCAAGCUGAAGUCAGCCCUGGUGCGGUAUUCGGCCGUCAGCACAGCUUUCAAGGAGACGAAUCCGUGGGCCAGAAAAGAAUAUGACAAGUUUUGUUCUAAAUAUCCCAGCAAUCCUGUUAUUGGCUGAAAUAAUAUCCAGAAAUAAAUCAGAUGGUUUGAAAUAU